AUGGCACCACGAAUCUACAUUGUGGUCUACAAAGGCGACCCGGUUGAUCUACAAAAAACAAGACACACCGCGUUGUUCAUUUACGACGAUGACGACAACGACGACGACGACCGGGGGAACGGCGAUAUACUCCAUGUCGCAGGCGCUGCAGGUCUCUUUGUCUUUGAACGACGGCAUGAUGAAAAUCCAGAAAAAAGCAGAACUUUUGUCCGACAAUUCCCUGUCGAGCCGAUCAUCAACAGUCCAACCAAACAACAGUUGAUCACGGAAAUCACUGCCACGCCCGUCAACAAUAGCACGCAUUCUUGGAAUUGCCAAAUCUGGAUUGGGGAUGCUCUUGGAAGAUUAGUUGGGGCACAUUGGAUCAGUACUCAAACGGCAUCCAAUGCGAUUAGCUCGAUGGCUGCGGUCAUCGUUGAAGCGAAAGAUGAGGAGCCGUGA